AAACGUUACGUUAGGAAACGACAGGAAAGCCCUUUCACCAGUGCAUGGGGGCACCGUUGAGAAGGCAAAGACAUAUCUUUAAGUGAGGCAAGUGCAAGCGAUGUAUCAAAGGAUCAAAACAUCGCCUGUCUGAAAGCAACGUAAAAUGUGUGAAUCGUUCAAUGAAGAGAAUGUUUUAUGAUGAAUAAUGAUAGCAGAUUAAAGGACAAAGCGGCAGAUUUCACUAAAAGGAUUCAUCCGUGACGAAAAAAAGUAAACAAGGAACAUAGUAUCGUCAUUCUACAUGUCCCUAACAAACCAUGGAAAGAAAGUUUGGAAAUGCUGCUGCCUUACGGCACCAGGUUGUGACUUCCAGUCAGGAACUACGAGCAUUAGAAUCAAAACUUAAAGCCUGUGCAUUGACUUGUUACAAUCGGGCUGCCAUGGCUGAAAAAGAAGUCCACACAAAACUAAUGAAUAUUGGAGAGAGAGAAUAUGCUGGUCUUGUGAAGGAACUAGACCAUGAGGAAAAGCUUUCUGCAUCCUUGACCCUCGCAGACCAAGAAGUUAAAAUGCUUAAAACUCAAAGGGUUUUGCAGGAGCAGAUUGCUGAAAAGGCUGCAGAUAAAGCUAAAGCUGAAGCUGAAAAUGUAAUUGAAAUGAUGGCAGAAGUGGAUGAGAACAAGUUGAUGGAAAAGGAGAAAAAAGAGCAGUGGGAGAAGAGACAGGCAUCCCAAGAAAAUACUCGACUUGCCCUUCAGAAGCAGACUGAACUAAGGAAACUUCUUGAGGAGGAAGACAAAUUACAAGAUAGAAAUAUUUCAAGGUGUGCAGAAGAAUAUAACCUGAGAAUAGAACUCCAAAAAGAAAUGGAACGACAGAAAGCAGAGAUGCAAAGGCUGCAGCACCAGCAACAGGAAGUGGCUCUCAUCCAUAAGUUGGAAAAGCAGCAAAUGGAAAAAGAUGUGAUCCAGGAUACAAGACUUGAACUGGAAAUACUACAAAAAAGUGCCCAAGAAAAGAAAUUUACUGAAGAGAAGGAGAAACAUAGAGAAGAAGCGAGACUUAGCCUUAUUAGAGGGCUGGAUGACCAAGUGAAGUACAAAAAGGAACAGGAAGCUAAAGAACAAAAAAAGGAUGAUGAGUACAGGAAAUUGGUACUGACAACGCCAAAUACUUGUGCUGAGCAAGUCCAUAACGUCAUGAGCCAGGCCAAUCUGCUGUACAACUUCCUGGCUCAACACACCAUUGUUAUGCACUACACUACCAAGCUUUUAGAAGUGAUGGCUGAAGAAUCCAAGCUAGACCAACUUGUGGCAGGAGCCCGCAGACGAAGGCAGUUGGACCAUCGUCAGUUGGUAGAACAUCUCCUACAGGAGCGGCGAGUACUUAGAGCCAAGUUAAUGAACCAACACCAACUACACAACCAAGAGGAAUUAGCAUAUAAUCAACUCAGGAAAAGCAUUUUGGAGGAAGAAGAAAAGCAGUUACUAUUAAAGUAUGCCCCACAUCUGAUGCCAUACUUCAGUCCAGAGCUCCAUGCUCGGCUCAGGCAGCUCCUCUGAGACAAGGUUAAGAAUGUUGAGAAUAUUAAGAAUACACUCUUCCUUAGUCUGUAUUUUUCAGUAAUAGGUGUAACAAGGUUAAGUGAACUCACUUCAAGAUAGAGAGACAUAAAAAUUAUUGGCAAAUGGCUUCAAAGAUUAUUGAAUGAUAGGUUGAUCUGCAAUGGAGAAAUUAUGCAUAAUCAUAGAAAAAUGAAACCAUAUAUCACAAACUGUUGUUCCUCUGGCAAAAUGUACUGUCAACUCUAGAUUAACAUGAGUUUAAACAACACAAUUUCAGUUUAAUGUAACUUGAUAUUUAACCCCUUCAACACAAUAACUCAAAUUUUGCGUCACUGGGACGCUAAUGACAUAUUUGAUGACGCUCAUAUUGCAUCAAGGCUGCUUUCUGCUAA